CACCACCCUCAAGCACCGCACCACCACCUGGGAGCCUGCGCUCGCCCUCAGCAACCCCACCUCCUGCAGCCCCCACAACAGCGAAGCCAACACCACGCCACGCACCACCAGCCGCGCUCUGCUGCAAAGCGGUGUAUCCGCCGCGCUGCGUGCACCCGUGGAGAAGCAAGAGAAGGAGAAGGAGAAGGAGAUGGAGAGGGUCCGGCCCUGGCCGUAUUCGCUGCCCAAGUGGCUCAGGCCUAGGAAGGGGACUACGUAUGCGCAGGUGCAUGGGGAUGGGGGAGAGGGACAGGGGUCCGUGGGGGUGCUGCAGAAGGUGUUGUAUGGGGUUCCGGAUCCGCAGUGAAGGGGGAGUGGGGAGAGCGGUUUGGCUGGCGUUGCUGGGUUCGGGGUGCGGGUUUUCAAUCUGAUGCUGAUUUGUUUUAGCGGUGGAAUGUUAAGCGUGGCUUACGUUAUUCGAUCUUUAGGUUUUUUAAGCUUGCAAUCCUAUUUUUUCCCAGUACCUCCAUUGCUCUUAAUCAAGUGGUUUAGUCAUGAUGAGAUUUGCAAGUGACACUA